AUGGCUGCCAAGAGCAAGUGGCACGUCCGCUGCAUGGCACCCACUGCAGUGUUGAUUCCUAAAGAAAAGCCCCCAAUCACAGUUGUUGGUGAUGUGGGAGGAAGGAUCGCCAUCAUUGUGGAUGGCAUCAUCGAUGAUGUUGACAGCUUUCUUGCUGCAGCGGAGACCCUGAAAGAAAGAGGUGCAUAUAAGAUCUUCGUGAUGGCAACUCAUGGCUUGUUAUCUUCUGAUGCUCCCCGACUGAUUGAAGAAUCUGCCAUCGACGAGGUGGUGGUUACCAAUACAAUUCCACAUGAAAUCCAGAAGCUCCAGUGCCCCAAAAUUAAAACUGUGGAUAUCAGCAUGAUCCUCUCAGAAGCCAUCCGUCGGAUUCACAACGGGGAGUCCAUGUCCUACCUGUUCAGAAACAUAGGCUUAGAUGACUGAGGAGCUUCUCUUCUUUAAAACUCCCAAGGGCCAAACUGGAGACACGGGAACGAGGACUGUGAGAGCUCACGCCCGAUGUGAUGCAUUUCCCAGGGGCCAUUCGUAUGUUUUGUUCCUUUUUGUUCAUUACUAUGAAGAUAGAUCAACUUUUUAUUUUGAUUUGGGUGUUUGUGAGUUUUGAGGCAAAUUUUAUAAAAGAAAAACUAUA